UAAAUUAUUUAACUUAAUAAUUUAAUUUUCCCAAAAAUAAGAUAUCGAUACUCGUGCUUUUCAUAUAACCAUAAUUUUUGCAUUACAUCAUAUUUGUUUUUAUUACCUUACUACUUCUCGUUCAAUAUUUCCUGAAAGGUUAUUAUUGGGAAGUCAUUAGAAUCUUUAAUAAAAUUUAUGUAAAUUCCUAUCAUAUAUUGUCAGACAAUUUUGAAUCUUUUGAAGCAUAUAAUAUAAUCGAGAGAUGGAUAAUAAUAAAUUCAAUGAAAAUUUCAAAAAAAGGAUUAUCAAUCGAUAUACGAAAGUUAGCAACUCUAGCACAGUCAGCGAAAUGGAUAUCGAUAUGGAUUAUAGUAACAAAACUCAUGAGAUGGAAAGGAAGAUUGAUCAUUACAAGUCGAAAUUGCGCAAUUGCCGUGACAAGUACGAAAGUAUGGAGACAAAAAUUUACAACGUGAGACGAUUACAAAGCAAAUCGUUAUUCGUAUUACAAAAUGUACAACCGAUGGAGGAAGAUCUUCAUGAACAAUUUAAAAAUAUCAAUUUGAAUUACGAAAUGUGCGUGAAAAAAUCGAGUGAUUACGAAUAUCUGGAGAAGACACUUCACACAAAGAUAAGCGAGUUGUCGAUACAAAGAAAUACACUGAUGGAAGAGUUAGUACAAUUAAGAAAAAAUGCCGACGAUAACAAUAAAAAGCUUGCCCUCGUAAAAGUUAUGAUUACGGAACAAGAAGAAAAGAACGCGGUACUGCUUCAAUGUUUAAAGGAAAAAUCUGAGAACGUAUUCAUUUCACCAAACAUCGCAAAACGAAUAAAUACUGUUUUAGAAAAUGCACCAGAAAAUAAAUUAAAGCGACAAUGUGUUGAUACAAUAAAUAAAUAA